AUGGUGCAGACUCCACACCAUCUAUGGCCUUUUGUGCUCGUGGUGAGUCUGCAACUAUGCCACGGCUUGCUUCUCCCAGCCUUAGGGGAGGUCACAAAGUCCUGCUCAAAUCUGUUGGUCCAGUUGGAGAGAUACUCUGACCAGGAGCUCCUAGAGUCCUGCGAGGCGAGGGAUCCCGACUUUGAAACCACAUGA